AUGGACCUCGUCGCGGGCCUCGUGGCGACACCCUUUCGGGAAAUCGUCGUCAAGGCCGCCACAGCCGUUGAGAAUGCCGGCGAUGACAAGGACAUGCUCACCGAGGGCCAGAGGCUCGGCCGGGGCGCGGACCGUAUCCUCAAGGCGAUUGAGCCCCUGUGCGAUCGAAUGCUGGCCGACCACGGCGCUGCAUUCAUUGAUGCUCUGAAGGAGAACAAUGAUAUUGCAGGCUACCGAUCGCGCCUUGAUCUGCUACUGUGGGACUUUGACGAUGUCAUUACGGCCGCAGACUACGACCGGUCAAAGUUUAUCGAGCUGCAGGCCUUGUGCAAGGAGGCUGGUCUGGCCAUUCGCGAGAUACUCAUGCGCAUGAGGCUCGAACCGGCGGCCAAGGACCCCCCUGAACCUGUGUCUCCUGCUUCGACAUACACGGCACAGAUGCCUGGUCGCCAGCCCAGCCUGCCUACGCCAACGGCAGUCGAGGAGCCCCAGCCUAUCUUGGCACCAGUCCCAGCUCCUUUGCCUGACGAACUGUCAGCGCCGGCGCCCAGCACUCCUGAGCCCAAGGUCGAAGAGCCGGGCGUGCCACCACCGCCUCCGCCGGCCGCCAACCCCUGGGCGCUACGCAUGCCACCCCCUAUCGCCACGGGCGCUGCCGAAGAGCUUUCGCCUGUUGUCGUUGUUGAGCGCCGCCGCCCUGUCUCGGCCAUUGACUCUCCUGUCGAACACAUGUCGCCUGUCGCCUCACCCGCUGUUGUCGAGAACGACCGUGACCGAAGAUCCUCCUUUCACACGCCCCGGCGGCUCGAUAUCGGCGUCGACCACAUGAUGCAAGAAUCUACCGACCGCCGCCACCUCACCGUCUCACCCGACCUGGUUGCCGCCCCAACAGCAGAAAAUUCAACAUGUGCCACCGAGAGAUCCUCCUUCUCAGGUCGCGCUCGCUCCUUUACGGGAACCAUCCCGGAAGAGACUGCCGUCGAAGACGCCGAGGCACCCCCCUUCGUCGGCGCCACCAUUCUCCCGAGCCACGUCUACCACCGCUACUCCCACACCAGCAACCAUUCUUCCGAUCACUCGCACCCCUCGCGGCAGCGCUCUCAGGAGUCUCUACACAGCUCUGUAUUUGAUGGCCGCCGUGACGACACCACCUCGCCCGCCAUGAUGGAUCACCGCGCGUCCAUCACGUCGAUGCAGGCGCCAGAGGAGAGCCUCUCGCGUGCGCCGACGAUCCCGGCUAAUUUCCCACCUGGGAUCCACGACGGCAUUGAAGCCGUGCCGACGAACCAGAGUGGUUAUUCAGAACUCAUUCCGGUGGAUGCGGCGACUACAGAAGUGGGCGUCGUCUCGAGCCCGCCGCGGCGGGAGCAGGACUGCAGCAUUGGACUGUCGAGCUCGUUUUACCUGUACAAGGGAUUCUGCGAGGGAGCCAAGGAUGUCAUGCGAGGAGGCAUCGGUAUCAAGAAGACAAAGAAGCCAGGCUUUGCAGGGAUGCACAUCAUUGCGCGGUGCUCCCAUUGCUUUUACGAGACGGACUUUCAGCACGUCGAACAGGAUGUCAAAAACAAGGAGGAGGCAAACUACCACUCGCAGGGGAUCGGCUAUCGCAUUCGGUUCCUGCAAAAGAGCCACAUUGCCACGAAGCGCGCCGACGAGACGCUCUAUGGGUGCGUCUUCUGUAUCGAGGCCCAGGCCACGACGGAGCCGAGCGAUGCGACGGUCUUCUUCACGCAACGAGCCCUAUUCGAGCAUCUCGCGCGCCAUGCGCGACCGCUGCCUCACGUCAAGGGCCUCGCGGUCGUCGACGGCGGGGAGGUUCCGUUCAACCUGAGGAACAACUACGAUCUGCACUUCAAGAUGCCGCCGUCGCGGUCUCCGCUUGCGGGGCAGGAAGAUGAGAUUGCGACCCAGGCUACGGGGCGGGCGCGGACGACAGUCAAGAGGAUGUACGGGAUGCGGAUGCUUGGGGACCGCACACCGGCGUUUGAACUCGCAGAAGGGGCUCGGGUCGUGGGCAUUGAGUUCCCGGCCAAGUACGAGGGAGAGUGGGCCAUGGGCUGGCACGACGGCGAGUACAAGAGCGUGCCCGUCGACGUGCUGAGGCUCGAGGUGCCAGGGCGGGGGCAGGUCAGGAUGGGAGCGGCGAGCGGUGUCGAGGCCGUGGCGAAGUGGCGGUUUGCGCCGAAGGGGAAAGACGCUGACUGGCUGCGUUUCGACAAGGGCGAGGUCAUUACCAACAUUACCUGGUCCUCCGAAGAGCACUGGUGCUGGUCUGGCAAGAACAACAAGGGCCAGUGGGGGUUGUUCCCGCAGAUUUUUGUCGAUUCGAACACGGUGCGGGAGCUCGGGCAGUCUGAACGGGCUGGAGACCGAAGGGGCUCGGCCGGGAUGCUCGCGAGGCUGGCGAUAAGAAAGGGAUCGCUGCGGCCGUCAAGCUUCACGGGACCGUCACGGGGACUGUACUAG